AUGGCGGUUGGUGUUGCUGCUAGUGAUUCUUACCUUGAGAAUCUCAAUGAAGCUCAACAGCGAGCGGUUAUGUUUGACCACAAAAAAGCACUUCAGAUCAUAGCAGGGCCAGGGACAGGAAAGACGAAGGUUCUAACGGCACGAUUUGCGUAUUUGGUGUUACAGAAAGGUAUACAAGCGGAGGAUAUAGUGAUGACCACUUUUACCAGGAAGGCAGCUGAAGAGAUGAAAGAACGGUUAUUACCAGUGUUAGUUUCUCAUGGAAUAUCACCACACGGUUUGAAAAUAGGGACAUUUCACAGUAUAUGCUGGAAACUUUUGAAGGAGAAAGGGUUUUUAAUAGGUAGAGAGAAGAUAGAGAGGGCGACGACGGAGAAAAUCAAGUCCGUACUGGAGGAGAUAAUAGUGGAAAUGCCAGACCAAAUACGAGACUAUGCGACAACUAAGUCUUAUAGAAACUCUGUGAGUCUCUGCAGAAUAAAGAAUAACCAAUGGCAAGUACAUCCGGAUAUGAUACUGAAGAGGAUCAGUGAAUUGAAGGCGGACGCAAUGACCCCCGAGAAAUAUGGACAGCAAGCGGUUUUUGACGAAGCAUUAUUGCAUUUCUACCAACAGUACCAGGCAAAACUAUCGAAGGAAAAUCUUAUAGAUUUUGAUGAUGUCAUGUUGUACUCCUUUGAGCUUCUAUCGAAACACAGAGUAUGGAAAAAUAUCAAGCAUGUUCUUGUUGAUGAAUUCCAGGAUACGAAUUUAUUGCAGAUUAACCUCAUUUUUCAACUUGCAAGAGGGUCCCACCAUAGUUGUGAAGGUGUGACAGUGGUAGGUGAUCCAGAUCAGGGUAUAUAUGGUUUUCGAUCUGCACUUUCACAUAAUUUCCAGACUAUGAUCGAACUUUGUCCUAUACAAUACGAUCAAAUAGUACUCACGGAGAACUACCGCUCUGCCCAAUCAAUUCUUGAUAUCUCGGAAACAGUUAUCAAACAACAGAAAAAUGGCAGAGACAACAGAGAACCUCUUAGAGCCCAGUUCGUUACCGACAGUAAGCCAGUAUUCAUGUCCUUCCCAUCAAACGAAAUCGAAGCUUAUACAAUAGCAAAAGAGAUUCUAUAUUUAAAGGCUAUUCCAGAACUAUUCCAAUAUAAAGAUUUCGCAAUAUUAGUACGAUUGAAAAAAAGCUUAAGAGCGUUCGAGAAUGCGCUAAUAGCCCACAAGAUACCAUAUGUUAUUCAAAAAGGAUACACUUUUUGGGAACUAAAGGAAUGCAAAGCUAUUAUAAGAUAUAUGAGUAUGAUAUGCAACGACGAUGACUGGGAGUCAUUGAAGCGGACAAUAAACUAUCCCUCGCGUGGUGUUGGCGAUACAACUAUAGGAAAAAUUGCAGCGGCAUUAGAAAAAGUAAGAGCAGAGGAGAAAACACAGACGGCAUUUGGCUUUCUGCAAAACAUCGCAAGAGGUAAUGUACAACUGAAUUUGAACAGUAGCUCACUUAUUGGAAUCAAGGAAUACGUUAAAACUAUUGAGCAACUAAGAAAAAUAUUUUCUGUUAUUAAUUCUGAUGCAUCAAAGGAAACUCUUGCUGACUCGUUCGAAAAAAUCUAUACACUAUCUGGUUUAAAAUCUCAAUAUGCUCCAAAUAACGAAUCAGAAAUGGAUUUGGAAGGGAAAGAAUCAGGUAAAGAAAUCCAUCGUCAUCGUAAUAUCAUCAACGUCAAAAAUUAUUUUAGCACAUUUAAGAUUCCAGCUGCGGAAGAUGGAAAGUCUAGAGAUGUGGUUCCUCUGAUAGAAUUUUGCCGUGAGUUCGUCAGUUUUACAGAUUUAUACACGUUUAAGGAAGAUAAUGACUCCAAUGAUCAUAAUGACUCCAAGGAAGACCAUCUUUCAAAGGAUGCUGUCGUUCUUUCAACUAUCCAUGCAUCCAAGGGACUUGAAUGGCCUGUUGUUUUUGUACCACAGUGUGUUGAAGGACUUCUUCCAAGUUAUUACAAAGACGUAAACGAGAUGCAAUCCAUUGACGAAGAAAGUGAUGAAGAGAUCCAAUCAUUAGCUGUUGGUAAUGAUGGUAAUGAAUCCCAAGAUGAAGGAGCUGAAAAUGCUAUCACAUCGUCGCCGUCAAAGAAAAAGACAAGAACCACUUUUAGUGAAGAAAGAAGAAUGUUCUUUGUAGCUUUGACACGAGCAAAGUAUUUUUUGUACAUAACCACUGUCGAGAAGGAGGCUACCAUCUUUAAGAGUCGGUUCCUUAAGAAUGAGGUCAUAGAGUUAUGCGAUGAAACAUUGACGUGUUUUGAAAGCAUAGAACAAUUAUUCAAAUUAUAUUACACAAUGAAGGUGAAAAUACCAAACCAGGAUAGAAUAUCUUACGAGCAGUUAAUACAAGAUUAUAACAACUAUGGAUCAAAUAACCGACAAUUGAUUUUUUGGAAGGAUAAGAAAUACUCACACGUCGACCUCCCAAAUACGACUGAGAACACUGUUGGAAUAGCAACAAAGAAAAAUGAGGUGAAGUCAUCACUGCCAUAUUCCGCUCUACCCAGGGUUAAUAGGAAAAGACAAACCAAAGAACAAACAGAACCACUCAGAAGGCCAGCAGAUAUCAUAGUAAACCAGAAUAAUACCACCGACAGAUUUGUUGCUGAUAACCCAAAUAGUGCUGGAAUAGUACCCUCUUUAUCACCAACAAAAACAAGAUUAACUCGCGAGGAAACUAGAGAACUAGAUGUACUGUUGAGUGAUAACGAAUUUCUACCUGAAGCUCCCAUAAAAAGUGAAGUGGACUAUACAGCUGCCGAGAUCCUUCAUAAUAAAGAGGAGACGGUGGUAGAUAAUAGACCAAUCUUAACAAGCGCUAGAAUUUUAGCAUCUGCAAUCAAACAAGAGUUAUCGCAAUCCCUACCAAGUGUAGAUUUGUCCUCAACAGAGUCGCAAGCUAGUAAUAUUAAAGAGGAAGACUCUGUCUCACAUUUUAAAGGUAAAGUACCAAAGAACCCCCGAGAGCAAUCAAAAAAUAGUAAAACGUCAUCAGCUUCUAGUAGUCAGAAUAAGGCAAAAAAGACUCCUCGUACUGGAUCUGUAAAGAAAAAGUCUAAAAAGUCUAAUACAACAAAGGUAAAACUGGAGCAUAAACCAACUAAUGACAUUCUGUUCAGACUUGAAAGAGCCAAACAACGGAAAGAGGAAUGGGAUGGUGAAAUAAUAGAUUUAAGAUCAUCUCAAUAG